AUGUUCGGUUUCAGUAGAUUUACAUCUGGCAGUUUUUUCUCAGGAGGAUUUGAAAAUGACAAUAUACAUGAUGAUUUUGAACAGAUUAAUAGGGGAGGAUCUAACUUCAGAAGUUCAAGUUCAAAUUUGUUUAUCAAUGAAUAUUCAUGUUAUCCUGUGAGUUUUGCAGGAAGAGACGAACUUGAGGGAGGAAAUAAAAUAUUGCUACCUCCAUCUGCUUUAAAUCAAUUAGCUAGAAGAAAUAUUACUUGGCCAAUGCUAUUUCAAAUCAGUAACCCUGCUAAGAAUAAGUUUACUCACUCUGGGGUGUUGGAAUUUGUUGCAGAAGAAGGUACCUGUUAUAUGCCAUAUUGGAUGAUGCAAAAUUUGGAAUUACAAGAAGGGGAUAUUACUUCAAUUAUGAAUACUUCAUUAAGUAAAGGUACUUAUGUUAAGUUUAUGCCUCUAUCUGUGGAUUUUUUGGAUAUAUCCAAUCCAAAAGCAGUUUUGGAAACAUCAUUAAGAAAUUUUGCAACUUUAACAGUUGGAGACACUAUAACUAUUCAAUAUAACAAUAAUUCAUAUAAAAUCAAUGUUCUUGAAACCAAGCCAAAUAAUGCAAUUUCAAUUAUAGAAACUGAUAUUCAAGUUGACUUCGCACCACCACCUGAUUAUGUUGAAAGUUGCAAUAAAAGUGAAAGUAGAGCAAUGACUGACACUAACUUAACUACAUCCGUUACUUCAGAAUAUUCUGUGGGUAAUAACGAUUCAAUAUUUUCUGGUCAUUGUGAAAGAUUGGAUGGUAAACCUAUAAAACUUAAUAGCUGCAGCAGUUUGUACAGUAAUAAGAGUGGUCAAACAAAUAUUUCAAAUUCUGAGCCAUGGAAAACUGACAGAAUACCUGGAGGUGUUAGGACGUAUAACGAAAAAUAUCAGGAAUUAAUUAAAAAUGGGAAAAUCCCAGGUAUUGUUGGUGUUAUUAAAAAGUGA